UGGUGCAAGUUGCGUCACUGGCAGGCCCCUGUCCAGCCUGUCACACGAACAUGCGCAGCGGCCAUCAUUUAAAAGAUUAUCGCUGCUGGCCUGACUGGAGGGGCCCCAAAGUCAGUAGCAUGACGGGGCCUCUUGAGGCUCUCCGUGGACUAGGCCCUCGG